CACCCCUGGUCGGCUCGUGUUUCUGUGUGGAUUCGAGUUCAAAAGUUGAACGAGUUCAAAGCUUGGAAGUGAACAGGAACAGAGUCUUGACAGGGUUGAAGAAGAGGGAGAAGAUGAAGACGGCGCAAUUGGAGUUGCCGGCGGGGUUCAGGUUCCACCCCACGGACGACGAGCUGGUGAACCAUUACUUGAUCCGCAAGUGCGCUUCCCACCCCAUCUCCGUCUCCAUCAUCGCCGAGAUCGAUCUCUACAAGUUCGACCCUUGGGACCUUCCAGAAAUGGCUCUCUACGGCGAAAAAGAAUGGUACUUCUUUUCUCCGAGGGACCGCAAGUAUCCCAACGGGUCACGGCCAAACCGGGCAGCUGGAACCGGGUAUUGGAAGGCAACCGGGGCUGAUAAGCCGAUCGGCCGCCCGAAGACGCUCGGCAUAAAAAAGGCGCUAGUGUUUUACGCCGGGAAAGCUCCGAGAGGAGUAAAGACCAAUUGGAUCAUGCACGAGUAUCGCCUCGCCAAUGUCGAUCGAUCCGCCGGCAAGAAGAAGAACAACAGGAGGCUUGAUGAUUGGGUUCUAUGCCGGAUAUACAACAAGAAGGGCACCAUAGAGAAGCAUUUCUCCUCCGCACACAGUAAAACGGAAGACUUCCCCGAAAUGGAGACCAAACCGCAGAUUGUUAUGCCGGCGGCCCUGAACCCAUUCACGCCUCCCCAAUAUGGGCAUUCGCCAAUGACUACAGAUCACAUGUACAUGGACUCGUCGGAGUCGUUGCCGAGGCUGCACACGGAUUCUAGCUGCUCGGAGCACGUGGUGUCCCCGAACUUGGCGUGGGAGAAGGAAGUGCAGAGCGAGGCGAAGUGGGGCGAUUGGGAGAGGGCCCUCGAUUUCCAGUUCGGUUCAAUCGACGACUUCUUGGACGAUGCGUUCUCGCAAGGGCAGUAUCAGUUGGAUCAGUUCGCGCCUCUUCAGGACAUGUCCAUGUACUUGCAGAAGCCAUUUUGAACGAGUCCGUUGAGGAACGCAGAAGUCGGAUUUUCCUUACAUAGUGGCCUGAACCAUGGUUGCUUCACAUUGAAAUUGCAUGAUCCACCUUGCAUGGUGAUCAUUCAAGACAAUCUCUGUCUUGGACAAAUUGCUCAUUUGGGGCUACAGACCAGAGUUAGUCCUAGGAUUUUCAUAGGGUUUGCCAGAGAGAGAGAGAAGCAAGUGUUGAGGUGCAUCCAGUAGCACAGUGAAAACAAUUUGUACAGUUAGUGUUUAGAAUCGUCUCCUGUAAAUGUCCAAUGAAAAAGUCUCUAGGGAAAUUGUUUGCUGUAAAAGUAUAGCAACAUUGUUUCAGUAUUUUAUUUAGUGAAAGAUUAUUUCAAUUUUCA